UCCAGCUGGUUGUCAUUUCUGUGUGUGCUCGGUCCUGACUAGAAGGACGGGGAGGAGCAGCGGAGACGGACAGAGCCUGACGAGAGACGCACAUAGAGGGAUCAUCAUCCCCCCUCCCCCGCUCCCCGAGACCGACACAGAGACCCCCUUCUUCUUCUUCCUCCUUUCCCCCGAUACACGUCCAUCACUCGCUGCCCUUCACCCUCUCCGCUCGUUUUUCUGUCACACCGGGGCGGGGGAGCAGAGGCAACCAUAUGCUGUAAUGUCACAGAGACUGGGAGGCGAGCUCCUGCGCUGUCACUGAAGAGCUGGCUUCAUGAGGGUGCUGAGAGGAGGAGGACACCACCACCACUACCACCACACGGAGGAGAAGACCACACCGAGGCCUCUUCCAGCCUGCCUUCAUACCUAUUAGCUGUGCUCUCCAUGACAGAAAGCUCCCCAUUGAUCUCUGGGCUGCACUACAUGGAUUGAAUCUGGGGAGAGGCACAACCCACAUUCACUAAACCAAAGAAUCACUUGGUAGAUUCCAGCCCCGGUUUCCUCUGCCUGACACCAGGCAGUGGUAAAUGUCUGACAAGGAUCACCAUUAGAAGGUGUGGAGAUUUCGUAUGCACUAAGCACAAUUUGGCUUCGAGCAGACAGGAAACCGACGCAAAUUUUUGCUCUGAAAAAAUUAGUAAUAAAUGGGGGAUUACGGGUUUGGAGUGCUGGUGCAAAAUAACACUGGGAAUAAAUCGGCGUUUCCAGUCAGGUUUCAUCAACAUUUGCAGCCUACUCACCACCAUCAGAAUGCCACCCCGAGCCCCGCCGCUUUCAUAAAUAACACCGCUGCCAAUGGCAGUAGUGCCGGCUCAGCAUGGCUCUUUCCUGCCACGGCUGCCCAUAACAUCCAGGAUGAGAUUCUGGGCUCCGACAAAUCCAAAUCUCAACAGGAACAGCAAGAGUCCUUAGAAAAACAGCAGCUUUCCCCUAGCCAAAGCCAGGAGGCGGGGAUCCUACCUGACCCCGAGAAGGUGAAAUCUGAGGAAAAUCCAGGAGACAGCUCUUCGGAAAACGGGAAGGAGAAAAUAAGAAUCGAGUCUCCUGUGUUGACAGGGUUUGAUUACCAAGAGGCGUCAGGGCUGGGGUCUUCAAACCAGACCCUGACCUCCUCUGCGUCUCCCCUCACGGGGUUCAGCAAUUGGUCAGCUGCUAUCGCCCCUUCUUCUAACACUAUCAUUAAUGAGGAUGCCAGUUUCUUUCACCAGGGAGGGGUCACUGCCGCUUCGGCAAAUAAUGGUGCUUUGCUGUUCCAAAAUUUUCCUCACCAUGUCAGCCCCGGGUUUGGAGGUAGCUUUUCUCCACAGAUUGGACCCAUGUCUCAACAUCACCCCCACCACCCCCAUUUUCAGCAUCACCAUAACCAACAUCAACAGCAAAGGAGGUCUCCUGCCAGUCCACACCCACCCCCGUUCCCCCACAGAAAUGCUGCUUUUAACCAACUACCCCAUUUGGCCAACAAUCUCAAUAAACCCCCCUCUCCAUGGAACAGCUACCAAAGCCCAUCACCUACACCAUCUUCUUCAUGGAGCCCUGGUGGUAGUGGAUAUGGAGGAUGGGGUGGGUCCCAAGGUAGGGAUCACCGUAGAGGACUUAAUGGAGGAAUAACGCCCUUGAAUUCCAUCUCGCCCUUAAAGAAGAAUUUUGGGAAUAACCACAUCCAGUUGCAGAAGUACGCCAGGCCCAACUCUGCCUUUGCACAAAAGUCUUGGAUGGAAGACAGCUUGAACAGAGCCGACAACAUAUUUCCAUUUGCGGAUCGCGCCAGAACAUUUGACAUGCAUUCACUGGAAAGCUCCCUGAUCGACAUCAUGAGAGCAGAGAAUGAUUCACUGAAAGGCCAGUCCUCUCUUUUUCCAAUGGAAGACGGCUUCUUGGAUGAUGGUCGAAGUGAUCAAACUCUCCACAGUGGCUUGGGGUCUCCUCACUGUUUUCCACAUCAGAAUGGUGAAAGAGUGGAGCGCUAUUCCCGUAAAGUGUUUGUGGGUGGUUUGCCUCCUGAUAUCGAUGAAGACGAAAUAACUGCUAGUUUUCGUCGGUUUGGUCCUCUGAUUGUAGACUGGCCACAUAAGGCGGAGAGUAAAUCUUAUUUCCCACCAAAAGGCUAUGCAUUCUUGCUGUUUCAAGAUGAAAGUUCUGUGCAAGCUCUGAUUGAUGCUUGCAUUGAAGAGGAUAGUAAGCUCUACCUGUGUGUGUCAAGCCCUACCAUUAAAGAUAAGCCUGUUCAGAUCCGGCCCUGGAAUCUUAGUGACAGUGACUUUGUGAUGGAUGGCUCCCAGCCUCUCGAUCCACGGAAAACUAUUUUUGUUGGAGGUGUCCCACGACCUCUGCGAGCUGUGGAGCUAGCGAUGAUUAUGGACCGCCUGUAUGGAGGUGUAUGCUAUGCUGGCAUAGACACAGAUCCUGAGCUAAAAUACCCUAAGGGAGCUGGGAGAGUUGCCUUUUCCAAUCAACAGAGUUAUAUAGCUGCUAUCAGCGCCCGCUUUGUUCAGCUACAGCAUGGAGAAAUUGAUAAGCGGGUGGAGGUGAAGCCAUAUGUCUUGGAUGACCAGCUGUGUGACGAGUGUCAAGGAGCGCGCUGCAGUGGCAAAUUUGCUCCGUUCUUCUGUGCUAAUGUUACCUGUCUGCAGUAUUACUGUGAAUAUUGCUGGGCUGCUAUCCACUCACGUGCUGGCCGGGAGUUCCACAAGCCGCUGGUAAAGGAGGGAGGAGAUCGCCCAAGGCAUAUUUCAUUCCGUUGGAAUUGAACCACCUGUUGCUUAACUUCCUUCCAAGGAUCCAAAUAAGUGCACUCUUCUGUUCUCUUAACCCUCCUACCAUCCUUAGGAAAGCAUGUCCUCUUGUUGUAGUCUGUAUUUUAACAAUAGUAUAACGAAAGAAUGACCUACACCAUAGGUAUUUGUAAAGUCUUGUGUCAUUGAGAACUGUAUUGGAAAGCCUUUUUGUUCAUAACAAUAUCACUCUGAUGCAUGCAUGUUUCAUGCUGUCCUCAUCGAAAACCAAGGGAGCAGGGAGACUGCAACUAAUAUUAUUAUAAUUCUUUUUUUAUUUUUCAAAGAGAAGCGUUUGA